AUGUCAUUAAUCAAAGAUUCAACAGUUGCAUUAAUUACUGGAACUUCCUCUAAUCUAGGCUUUAAUAUAGCCGUUAGAUUACUCGAACAAUUACCUUCAAGUAGAGACAUCACCUUAAUUGUAACUUCAAGAACAUUACCAAAAGUUAAAGAAUCAAUAAAUGAUAUAAAACAAUAUAUACAUGAAAAAAUACCUGAAAAGAAGAAUAAAGUUGAAUUUGAUUAUAUAUUAGUUGAUUUUACCGAUAUGGUAUCUAUUCUAUCUGCUUAUUAUGAAUUAGAUCAAAAAUAUACUCAUAUAGAUUAUUUAUUUGUAAAUGCAGCGCAAGGUGUUUAUGGAGGUAUAGAUUGGAAAGCUGCAUGUGUUGAAGUUUUACAAAAUCCCAUAGAUGCAGUAACUAGUCCAACUUAUAAAUUACAAAGAAUUGGAGUUGAAAGUAAUGACAAUAUGGGAUUAGUUUUCCAAGCAAAUGUAUUUGGUCCUUAUUACUUUAUACAUAAAAUUAAACAUUUAUUAGCUAAAGAUCAUGGGAAAAUUAUUUGGAUUAGUUCAUUAAUGUCUCAUCCUAAAUAUUUAUCGUUUAAUGAUUUACAAUUAUUAAGAAGUCCUGAAUCUUAUGAAGGUUCAAAAAGAUUAGUUGAUUUACUUCAUUAUGGUACUUAUAAAAAUUUGAAGAAAUUUGGAAUUGAUCAAUAUUUAGUACAUCCAGGUAUUUUUACAAGUUUUUCAUUUUAUCAAUUUUUAAAUGUAUUUACUUAUUAUGGAAUGUUGAUGUUAUUUUAUUUAGCAAGAUUUUUAGGUUCACCAUAUCAUAAUAUUUCAGGUUAUAUAGCUGCAAAUGCACCAGUUUCAGCCGCUUUAGGUAAAUCAAAACAAGCUAUAAAAACAGGGUCUGCAUGUACUAGAUUUGGUAAAGAAUAUCUUUCAUAUGAAGAAGUUGAUACAACAGGACUGGAAGAUGUAGCUUCUUAUUUUAAUAAACUUGUGAAAGAAUGGGAUGAAAAAUUAAAAGAUCAAAUUGUAAAUACUCGUCAACCAUAA